CGUGAGACGCAUGUUUCCACCGCAGUGGAGCGCGGCGACUCGCGAGCGCAGCGCACAGAAGACGGGAGCUCCGCCUCGCGCCCCACAGCACAGGUCUCGUGAGUUACCCCACCUCGUGGAACUCCACCUCGCGCCCCGCAGCACAGGUCUCGUGAGUUACCCCACCCCGUGAAGCUCCACCUCGCGCCCUGCCACACAGGUCUCGUGAGUUACCCCGCGUCGUGGACGACUGUCUUCUGCUCUUUUUUUUUUCGCAAUUAGAACCCGCGUGUUUGCAGAAUCACGACUUCGAGCGAAAUCGACGUGUGGAAUGCGUGCGUUAUUUCGCGCUCGGUUUUCGUUGCCUCAAGCGCUCACGUCGGUCCUCCCCACACCUUGGACGCCGCUUAAUACUGACGGCUGCUGCCCCACUCCUGCCGCUGCUCUCCCCCCCUCCACCCACCUCACUCCCUCUGUUGCUACAGAGUGACAUACCGCACUUGUCACGCCCUUCUGUGAGAUUUUAGGAGUGCCGACGUUAGUUUAACCCCAUGGUUCACACGAUGUCAGACCCCCCACAGAGCCCUGAUCCGGCGGUGAUCCACAGCCCUCCCCCGGACCCAGCUCUAGUCCCGGACCCGUCGGUGCCGAACGGAAGGUGCGAGCAGGCAGACAUCGCAGAGCAGCAGCAGGAACCCACGGGGGACAGUCCGGUGGAAGGCUUCAACAUGGACCAGGAGAUGAAGAUCACGGACAGCAUAGAGGACCAGGGUCUUCUGGAGAGCAGCAUGCGUCUGAAGCCCCACGAGGCCCAGAGCUAUCGCAAGAAGGCCCUGUGGGUGUCCUGGGUGUCCAUCGUGGUGACCAUCCUGCUGGCCAUCGCUGCAUUCACUGUUUCCAUCAUGAGACACAGUGCAUCAGCCUUUGGAUUUGCUUUUGACGCCCUGCUGGACGUGCUGUCCUCCAUCAUUGUGUUGUGGCGCUACAGCAACGCGGCCGCCGUGCACUCGGCCCACAGAGAGUACAUAGCGUGCGUCAUCCUGGGGGUGCUCUUCAUCCUGUCCUCGCUUUGCAUUAUGGGAAAAGCCAUCCACGACCUGGCAACCAAACUGCUACCGGAAGUGGAUGACUUCCUGUUCAGUGUGUCUAUAGUCAGUGGUCUGGUCUGUAUUAUUCUGGCCGUCGUCAAGUUCAUGCUGGGCAGAGUCCUCACCAGCAAGGCCCUGAUCACUGAUGGGUUCAACUCCCUGGUGGGCGGGGUGAUGGGGUUCUCCAUCCUGCUGAGCGCGGAGGUGUUUAAGCAUCAGCCCACCGUGUGGUACCUGGACGGGGCCAUUGGGGUCCUCAUGGGACUCAUCAUCCUGGCCUACGGCGUGAAACUCCUUCUGGACAUGGUGCCGCGCAUGAGACAGACCAGGAACUACGAACGCUUCGAGUGACCCCAACCCGGGGGGGGUACAGAGAGGGGGAGGACGGGCUGACAACAUCCGAAGGCCGGCUUGGUGGGUGUGGUCCCCCAAUGGCCACAACCCCACCCUUCGAGGAAGGACAUUUGCUGCGUCUCCACGGCCGAGCAGACGGAUUUGAGUGUAUCCGCAUGUCACUACACAGCCCCCCCCCCCCCCACACACACACACACACACACACACACCACCACCCUUAGAGUCUGUUUGAUCAUGUUUUGUGUUUUCUUGUGAUACAGCGGACCGGCGCAGUCUGAGGGCUGCUGCGUCGGACCGCCGACAAGAUUCACUAAUUCAUGAAACGGAAAUAAUUAGUGAUAAUAUAGACCUUUUUCACACAUCGGGACCGAUGCACAAAGCAAACUGAAGCUGACCGAAUGGUGUGGGGUGAUUUGAACAAACUGAAAGGUUUUUUAUUAUGAUUUGAUAAUGGUUUAGUACUAGGAGUUGUGUUGUGGAGACCUGGUUUCCUAGUUGUAGCUGGUUUAAUUAUAUAUUUUUUUAAGGCCACAAUUAAAUGGAGCAAAACUCAAUAUGUUGUUGGACGCUCCUUCGGAGCCCUGUGUUGGGAGGUUUUGGAGGAAGGCCUUUUUUUUCCGCCUGUUGCCAACUAUCAAUGGUAUUAAAUCUGUUAAGAUAAAACCAAACUGUAAUUAAAGGUAUAUAAUAUGGUUGAUUAAUCCGAUAACCCAGGAAGACGCAGGCUCAGGACAUGUUAAGAUAAGAUACAAUUGUAUUAAUCCUGUGAGGGAAAUUCAGGAUAAGUGGUCAAUCUUUCAGCUGCAAUAUCUGAAAAGUGAAGGGAAAAAAAUGAAAUCAGAGUUUCGAGUCGCUCGAUCGGACAGCAAAAUUAACUAACGCAAUCACGCUUAAGCAUGGAGAUUCCACAAAAAAAUGCUCAGGGUCUCUGUUUGCUGAGCAGGCACUUUCAGCCAAUCAAAUGGCUGCCUCAGAAUCCAAGAGGUCGCAUUAUCCCGCCCAUUUCACAGAGACGUCGUUCUCCGUAUAAAGCAGCACCCAGCUGUUUAAGUAGCACAACAGUAGAGGGAGCCCACAUGCUGUAAUUAAUUCAAACUGGCCCCAUUACACAAACUAUAAAUAUCCAUAUUUAUUUUAUUAGAAUAUAAGCACAUAUAUUUAAUCUCAUUAAAUAUAUGAGUCACUAGUUAGUUUGGUUAGUUUAGAUAGGGUUUUCCGACUAGUUUACAGGGGAAACUGAAUAAGCACAGGAUGUAAGAUACUUUUAUUUAAUCUUCACGCUGAGAACAGGAUUUAAUGUAUGUUUGGGUUAGCUUUCCUUUACCUCACAAGGACACCGGCUCACCACGAUGAACUCUACAAUGACUCAUCGAGGAAUAUCACGUCCGUGACUUUGCAUGCUCCAUCUCUGAGCACACACUAAAAUAUUCAUCAACCUAAGUAGCACACCAACCCCAUCUCAGUGGUCCGAGCCUUAGCUGUAUCGCCACGGCAGCACAUGAAUCUAUACAUUUUCAUAUUUCUACAAUAUGUAAGACUUAAUCAUGUUAUGAACAUUUGAAGCUGAAAUGCGUUCAAAGUGAGAGCUGAAAACGAGCGUACGCAUUCAUUCUUCCUAGAAAGACUGUGAAUGUAUAUUUCGGAAGUGAAUGUAUGCUUCUAUAUUCAUGACAAUUUGAAUGUGCAUAUACUGUAUUGUAAAAUGUCAGUUUUUUUUAAUGGCAAUUUUGUGUGUGAAUGCGUGUGUGUGCCUUAGUUUUGUGAGAGGUUGAAGAUGGUUUGCUAAUUGAUACUUCAAGGGUGUAAAAAAGAAAAAUGGGUACUUCGGGUGAAGGUGUGCCUCACUUCUGUUCACCAAACACACGACAUCUCUAGCAUGCAACCAGCGCACCAGUCCACAUGCGAGGUAGAAAAUAAUGCUGUUUCAUUGUUUGUGCGCCACACACACACACACAAAAACACAGGCAAGCUAACAUGCACGCACAUUAAAACACAGGCUAGCUUACACCCACACACAGGCUAGCUUACACAAAUACACACACACACACAUUAAAACACAGGCUAGCUAACAUGCAAGCACACAUUAAAACACAGACUAGCUUACGCACACACCCACACACUGAAACACAGGCAGGCUAGCUUACACACACACACACACACACACACACACAUUGUAACACAGGUUAGCUUACACACACAAGGUCCUCAUGAUGGUAGCUUUCGUGUGAUUGUGUAAAUACUGUAUUCCUGUGAUGUUAUUCAGCUGUAGAGUCGGAAUUAAUACAGAGACUGUUGUCACAGAAAAAAAAAACUUUAUUUAAAAAUAAAGUUAUAUCUCUCGUUUGUCAAGGACUGUGAAAACAAAAAGAAAAGAAA